AUGAUCAAGAAAAGGAUAAGUAAAGAUUAAAAUAAUUGUAAAAAAUACUAAAAUUCAAAUAAAAUCAGAAAAUAUUGGACUGAUGAAGAAGAUAACAUAUUAAAAUCAACAGUUUCUGUACAUGGGUCAGAUUGGAAACUUAUAGCAGAGUAUUUGAAUGGACGAAAUGCCAGUUAAUGUGCGUAAAGAUGGAAAAGAGUCAAGCCUAAUACAGAAGAAAAAAAUUAAAAAUGGACACCUGAAGAAGAUGAAUAAGUUAAGAGGUUAACUAAAGAAUAUAAGUUCGACUGGAAGGUGAUUGCUCGUUUUCUCCCAAAUAGAACUGGAAGGCAAAUUAGGGAACGAUAUAUUAAUCAUUUAGAUCCAAAUAUAAGUACUAAGGCAUGGAGUUAAUAAGAAGAUUUAAAAAUUUGGAACUUAUUCAAAAAGAUAGGCUCAAGAUGGUCUGAGAUGGCUAAAAAACUAAAAGGAAGACCAGAGAACAUGAUUAAGAAUAGAUUUUAUGGAUAUAUUAGAAAAAAUUACGCCAAGCAAGAAAAUCCUUACUAUAUUGUACCAAAUCAAAAGAGAUAGUUAAUUAAGGAUGAUGACCAAGUCGAAAUUUUAAAUAACUAAAAUACUCUUGAAACUGGAAGAGAAGAUAUUGAGCCACAAAUCAUGGAACAAAUUUAAUAAAAUUAAUCAAUAUAAUAAUAAGAAGAAUAAGCUUAAUCAGGAAUUAGUUCGAUAUUGUAAUCGCUCUAAUCUGAUAAGCUAAAUGUUAGUAUUAUAAGCAAUCAUCAGGAUAUUUAACAACUACAAUUAUUUCAUAAAAUGUUCAUUGAAUCAUCAGAUAAUGACUUUCUCAAAGUUGAUCAUCACCUCGUUAACUUUUUGUCAAAUGAUAGCAAUAUUCAUAGCUAUGCUAACAGUCAUAAUUUAUUAACAUUCACUUCUCAGAAGGAAGAAGAGAAUGAUAACUUUAUCAAUCAAUUUUUAUAAUUUGACGGUUCCUCUGUACCUGUGCGAAUGAGAGCCGAUAUAUUUGAAGAAUUUUCAAAAUUCUCCUAAAUGGAGUAUUGA